UACUUUCCAAAACUAUCAGGUUUAUAGUAUUGUUUGUAAUGUGGUGGCAGUGAUGGUGAGAGUAUAUUGACGUGACAACAGCUGGCGCUGUUACUACGUCGCGUAGUCGGAGGUUCCCGGCUGAGAACUUACAACAAUUAACUUCCUUACACAACUGAACAAAAACCUACUUGGCACUUAUAUCAUUGCUCUAACUUCUUUGACAAUUGAUUAACUCGAACUUACCACCGCAGUUGACCUUCAGUGCCAUGAUUUCCUGAUCAUCCCAAUGAAUCUUGAGCUUCAUUAGCUCCACCAACCAUGAAUAAUCCAAACACUAUCAACCUCCCUCGGGCUAUAUUUAUUUUCAAUGUUUUCCAUUUAUUUUUUGCAGCGGCCAAGGCAUCACUAUUUCCUUUUCUUACUCUGUUUUACAGACAUCUUGGCCUCAGUGCCACUCAAACAGGUUACCUUAUGGCUGCAAAAAUGCUUUCAACAUUUAUUUGGGUUCCUGUAUGGACAAAAUACUCCAUAAAAUUAAAAAAAAGACGCCUCUUCUUAAUUUUCUCAAUAAUAAUGAUGUUAGCUACAAACCUUUCUAUCUGGCUAGUAUCUGGUUCUAUAGACACAUUUUUAAAAGAUAAUUGUCUUUUACUAGAGGCUAAACAGCAUAUGCUGGCUUCUAAUGCAACACUAUCAGCUUCAAAAUCUCAUCAAAAUGUAACUCAAAUCUUUUCAUCAACUACUGAAUUUCCAAACAUUUAUAUGAAUAACAAUGAGACACAAGAACCUGAUCUUAAUAUAACAGACUAUUUCUCAACAUUGGUAACAAAUCCUCUUUAUUCUAAGACUUCAAGUGGAAAUGUUUCAGAAACAACUAAUGCAACAGACUCUGAUAUCUUAAGAGAUAAGUAUUUUCUGUCGACUGAGACCCUGUCUGAAAGUGAAAAAUUAAAUAAAUAUUGGAGCACAAGUACAGAAUUACCUGCUGUAUUAAAUGGAAGUCUACAAAAUUAUGAUACACACCUGAAAGCAAGCAAGGCCCCACAGGAGUGGGUAAAGCGGAAUGUUCAGCCACAAUCUGCAACCAGUCCUCUUGAAACAUCAACAACAAUGGAUUCUACAAAUGGAUCUUGGAAUAUGCAGUUUAUGUGGCAAAACAUCAAGGCUUGGAUUCAGAAUGUAAAGGGAGAUGAACAGACUCAAGUCUUUUUUAUAUUAUUAACAAUAAUAUUAAUUGGAGAGAUCUUUGGUUCCGCUGCAGAAAAAAUUUCUGAUGACUGUUGGUAUGAUCUUCUUGAUUCUUUAGAUAUACUUGAAAAAUAUGGCUCACACCGUAUUUGGAGUUCUUUAGCUUUCCUCUUGGUGCCUACUGGAGUUGCGAUGCUAGUUGACCAUACUCAGUGCCAACUACCUGUACAUAUGAACCACAUUCUUAUACACUGCUUUGCAUUUGCUGCUUUUCUCACUAUUUCAUUGUUUUUCUCUUUUGUGUUUCCUUCACCAACAUUUGAAAAGUGCGUUCCUGCAAUACGCCACAGGAAAGGAAUUGAAGUAACAUGUUUUGGCUGUCAUGGUUUUGUGUAUAUGAUGACAGUUUUUGUAAUGGGUGCUGUUUAUUCAACUAUAAGCAAUUUCUUAUUUUGGUACCUUGAAGACAUUGGAAGCAAUGAAACCAUUAUGGGUUUAUGCAUACUUGUGAAUACUUUCUCAGAAAUACCAGUGUUACUCUAUGGAGAUUAUCUGGUACGAUACUUGGGUCCAGCAGGAACAACAUGUUUUUCAAUGGUUUUCUGCAGUAUAAGAGUUUUUGUUUACAGCUUUGUCUAUUCUCCUUGGUACUUCCUUCCUCUCGAAGUGUUUCAUGCUUUAACACACACCACUCUGUGGUAUGCUGUGUUCAGCAACCCUAUCUUUAAUAUCAGCCCUGAUGUUGAUCGCACUAUUCGUAAUAUUUUGUCUUCUGUUUAUUUUGGAAUUGGGUUCUCUGCUGGAAGUAUUGCAUCUGGUUAUGUUGUGGGCAGUUAUGGAAUUGCUGUCCUUUUCCGUGUUGUUGCAGGAAUUUGUUUAGUAUGGUGCAUAGUGUUCUUCUUUAUUGAAAAGUACAUGCCACGUGAAAAGUCAGUUCGUUACCAACGUUUACUGCAGAUGGAUGAAGGAAAUAACAGCGAUGAUUCAUCUGCUGUGGAGGCUGAUUGGUUAGAACAAGCAUUGAAGAGUAACUGAAACCAUCCAAUAUUGAAGAUGUGAAUCAGAAACUUUCAGACAUUAUAAUUACAUUUAUUUUAUGUAUUAUUUAUUUUACAUGAAUGUAUGUAUUUAUCUGAUAUGCAAGUAUGUAUAUAAUCACACAUGAGAAUAUUUUUAUGAAUAUAAACAUUCAUUCACUCAUAUAUACAGUGGGAGGUUGAUAAACCAUUUUCAGUAUUUGAUAUAUAUUUGUAUAAAAAUGUAUAGAGGUUGUGUGUAACAAGUUGACAUUUAGAUUUUGUUGUGUUUCUUUUGUAUGUUUACUUUUUAUUGUUUUAUACUCAUCCAUAAGACAUGCAACAAAACCUCAGGUAUAACUUACUGCUCAAAAUCUUAUAUAUGGAUAUAUCCAUAUAUUCCCUUGCAAUUUCACUUGAUUUAUUUCAUGAUGAGGUAAAAUCUUUAAAAAAAACGAAGUAAUAACUUCAUUCAUAAUGUUAAUAAAAUCUUUUCUGUCAUAUCAAAUGUUAAAACCAUAAAGUUUUGAUGGUAAACUUGAAUAAAAGUCAUUGGUUCUGGUGAACAUCUGAAGGUCAGUUCCAGUAUAAAAACUACAAAAACUAACUUGAUCAUUUGAAUUUGAUAGGUUGUACAUUGAGGGUUCAUAACAGAACUGGAGAGCAAGUCAGAUUAGAUGUAAUAGAAGAGCCGAAUUCUUGUUAAAUUUUAUCAGAUAUUAUAAAUAUCAAGAACAACCAAAUUCUUUCAAAUUUUUUUCUUCUCCAAUAUAUAACACAUUGGAGAUCAUUAAUUCACAUAAAAUGCAUUUUGAUUUACUACAAAAUCUCUAAAAUAUCAGCAGAGAAAAAAAAAAAAUCCCGUAAAAACAUUAAUUUCAGUAAUAGUUGAAUGACAGUGAGUUAGAAGAAACUAAUUAUUAAUGUAUGGAUAUCAAUAUUAGUUGCAUUAUAUAGUAUAACAGAAUGUGGUGGAUUGGCAAAAUCAUUUGUAUAUUGGAUAAAAUCCCUCGUAUUUCUUUCAGCUCUUUAUGUUCUGAGUUCAAAUCCUACCAAGUUCACCUUUGCCUUUCAUUCCUCUGGGGUCAAUAUAAUUGUCUAACCCUACUCCUCUCAAAGUUGCUGGCCUUGUACUAACUUAGAAACAUAUCAUAUUGCAAUAACAUAUUCUAAAACCCUAUAAUGUAUUCAUUUCUAAUUUCAAGCAAAAUCACAAAAGAAAGAAAAA